UCAAAAUUCUACUUUCACUUCCGCAAUGCAAUGACAGAUAAAAUGAAAGUAAAUUCUGAUAUCUGUAAUUGAUUCAAUGAAACAUUCAAGAAGUCAAUAUGCUUGGACGUUUUAAAGAUGCCACAUUAAAUGCCAUGGGUAAAAAGAACGAGAAAACUGGGAUCGAAAAAGAUGAAAGUCAAAGGACUAGGCAAGGGACUGAUAAAAAACCAGAGAAAUAUAUUAACGGCAGGCCCUACUUUCUUGGACUUAGUGCUGAUGAAGUUCAGUCAUCCAUUGACUUUGCUAUACGACCGAUAUUGAAACCACGCAAAAUUCAUGAUAUGCCACUUUUUGCAGGAUACGCUGAAUGUUUAAAUGGUGGAAAGAGUGACUUCAAUGAAGACAAUAGUUAUGCAUGUGAAAUGUGCAUCAGAUCCCAGUUAGCAUCUAGAAAUAAGGAGCGGUCAGCCAGUGUUGGCAGCCCUGUGGCAAUGUCUCAUCCUCAACAUGACCACAAUGGCAGCAUCAGACAUCCAGGUGCUGUCGCUUCCUGUAGUAAGGAGUACCAUGGGGCUGUGAACUGCAACAGCAAUUUAGAUUGGAUAGAUGAACCAAAGAAAGAAGUUGCAAGCUGGGAUGUGAGCGUGGAGGGGGUGUACUUUGGGAUGUUUGAUGGACAUGCUGGCUACCAAACAUCUCUGAUUGCCUCCCGGACUCUCCAUGGGUUGCUUCAGGAGGAGUUGAACCAACUUUUUGAUAUUCUUGCUGCGGAAAAAAACACAAAAUGUGUGAAGAAAUAUCCGGACAUGAACACUGAAGACCUCAUUGUUGGUGCAUUGGAGGAGUCCUUUCAACGGAUGGACCAUCAGUUGAAGACGGAUGGCGAGCGCUACAACAUUCGGGGCGGCUGUACAGCUCUUGUGGCUCUAUUUGUCAAUGGGAAACUGUAUGUCGCUAAUGCAGGAGACAGCAGGGCGGUUCUGUGUCAUGGGGAGAGUGUGCGACCCGUUUCUCGGGAUCUCAGACCGGACACUGAGACGGAGAAACUCAGGAUUAACCUCAAGGGCAGUACAAACCCAGGACUGUUGAGGGACGAGUUCUCAUGUUUGGAAUUCCAACGGCGAGUGAUACGAACAGAUAUCGGCACGCAGAUGUUGUGCAGAAAACCAGGCCGGAAAGGCUGGUGCUACAAAAUCAUAGAAGAAGAAGAUCUGAGAUAUCCACUGGUUGUAGGAACAGGCAAAGGUGUGAGGCUAAUGGGGACUAUUGGUGUAUCACGGAGCCUCGGUGACCAUGAUCUUUACAUAUAUGACUCGGACAUCUGGAUAAAGCCCUUCCUUUCAUCCCUGCCUGAGGUGCAAGUGGUUGAUCUCCGAGGCGAGACGUUUUCUGAAAAGGAUGUCCUCAUAAUGGGCACAGAUGGAUUGUGGGAUGUAACAAGCAACGAAAAUGCAGCCUUGAUCGUUCGAAGUGAGAUCAGCCAAUCUGCAAUUCAUGAUAAGCACAAGUAUAUAAUAGCAGCCCAGGAGCUGGUAAGCCAGGCACGGGGCCGGUUUACCGGGCAGGGGUGGAAGAAAACACACAGCGACGACCGAGGCUCGUUUGAUGAUAUCAGUACCUUCGUUGUGCCUUUAAAGCCAUAUAUGGACAAGUGGGAAAACAGAGAUCAGAUCAGCAUAAACUCCAUUGAAUCAACUUUGAGAAGCUGAACUUAAUAUAACUAGCAAAGUUCUUAUCCUGGUUUUGUUUAAAACUACUAAAAAACAGUUGUGUGAUAUUUUAACGCUCUGCAGACACUUUUUACAUUUCUGCUGAAUUUUUAUUUACAGUCAUGAUCUUCCUAUGAACAAUUUUAAAUGGAAAUCUCUUAAAUCCAUUUUCAGACUUUUCAAUACUGUAAGGAUCAACUACAUGUAUGUGCCAUAUAAAUAUACAAUGUUGUUAAACAAUAUUUAAUGGAAAUACUACAAUGAUGUGCAUUGUGUUAAUACUAAAACAUACAAUAUUAGGUCACCUGAGCAUGAAGUGAUCUAGGUGAGCUAUUAAAAAUGGUCAUCGUCCAGUGUCCGUCUGUUCAUCUGUCAAAAAUUGCUUGAAAGACAUAUUAUCUGAAAGAAUCAGGCCAAAUUCAAAGAAACUUAACAGGAAGCUUCAUAGGGUGACCUACAAAAAGACGUUGCAAUAUAUUAACAACAACAACAACAUCAAUAUGGCCGACUUACUAUUUUGCUUUAAAGAACAUCUGCUCAGAAACUUAGAGUCAAAUUUAUUAAAAUUUACAGAAAGCUGCCUUGAAAAUACAACAAGGCUUCUCGAUAUUUACAACAACAAUAAAAUGACCGACUUUCCGUUUUUCCAUGUACCUGAAAUAUCUAUCUAUCUGAAAUAUUAUUUUUCUCUAGAUAAAAAAGAAAUAGCAAAAACAUGAACUUCUAAUAAAUUCUUAGCAACUUUUCCAUUGGUUGUUUAUGCAUAGUGAAAAAUUCAUAUUGUUAAAAUCCCAUAGUUAAACUAUUCACUAGCAAAAGAAGCAUCAUCUUGCUACAUUGUGUAGAUCAGAAAAUGUCUGAUAUUGGAAUAUCUGGAAUUUUUGUAUAUUUUUAGUAACAAGGGAAUAUAU